UAUUUGUGGAUUAAUAAUUCACUUUGCAGCGAAGUCUUUGUCAGUUAAAAGAUCCAUGUGCAGUUUUCCAGUCUCUUUCCAGAGGACAGCAGAUGGGACCGUGGAAUAGGUUGUGAUUUCUAUACAACAAUAAGAAUCAAAACAGCAAUGGAUGCCAUGCCAGAGUAUUCCCUUUUCUUUGUGAGGAUUUUGGAGGAAUUGGAUACUAAGUACAGCACUGUUUCAUAUCAAGAUCUCUGUAAAUCUCUGUGUGCCAGAUUUGACUUGGUCCAUUUGGCUAAAUUAAGGAGUCUACUAUUCUACACAGCAUGUUUGGAUCCAGCUUUCCCCGCAACCUUAUUCAAAGACAAGAUGAGGUGCUCAUUGGAGGAUCAACAGUCCAAGAAGCUCAUGGUAGCUGCGGAUAUUGUUACCAUGUUUAAUCUCAUCCAAAUGAAUGGAGGUAUAGCCAAAGACAAGCUGCCAAUGGGUCAAAGACCCAAAUUUCACAAGAACCAGUCCUUUGAAUCUUGUCGAUCUGACACUGAUGUUUAUAAAUUUAACAAAAAUGAUAGACCCUAUAACCUCUUGGACACCAGGGGUCAUCAUGUCUCUCGGAAUUCACCCUGCCCUAAAUCUGACAGCAACGACUGCCAGCAGUUUAUACCAUCAUCAGACCCCAACUUUCUCUUGGGAGUCACCAAGGAUCUGAAAUGUAGGGCAGCAUCACUGGAUAAGCUACAGCAUCUGCCACAGUACUCCAGUGUCAGUCCUCCACAGUGUGAGAUGCAGAGCACGUACUUCCCCAUGGACAUCGACAGCGAGUCCACCACGGACCAGGAGUCUCUCCACAUCAAUCCAGGAAGCAAGGAUGUUUUCAUGUCCAGUGGAGAGCCUUUCACCGUGCACUCUUGUGUGCAAAAACUGAAUACUUUCAAAGAGGAUUUCCACAACCUUGUUGCCUUUUCACCUCAUGUGAUCACCACAGAGUGCAAAGCAAAUUCCAAAGCUGGUGGAGAUUACCACAGGCGGGAGCUGAACAAGACUCCGACUUUUUUCAAUCACAGUUUUGAGCUGCCGUACAGCAACCCUUACUUCGAACCUAUGAGCUCACCCAUACAGAACAAAGGGCGAGUGAAGCAUGAGAGUCUGGACGACUUGCAAGCAUCCACUUAUUUUGGACCUACAACAGUCUCCGAGUUUGUGAGCAGCAGGAGGGCUUCUAGCAAGCAUGGAAAACAGCCAGCCUGGCCAGUCAAGAGCUUGAGCCUCAACAAUGAAGAGGGCCCUGACUAUGAGAGGCCUUUCUUGAAAAGCAAAGGGGCUACAGACAAUCACCGUUAUAACAUCAGCACCAUGGACAAUGACAAACAAUUUCAGUUUGCAAAAGAAAAACCCACUGCCUCUCCCUCAGGUUUCUCCAAGAAGACCAAUGGAACUAAAACAAAAGACAUGAAUUCUGUGGUUUGCGGACCUAGUGUUGAGAGAAGAGAGGUUGGGAAAAGGUAUAAGGACAAGAGCAUCAACUGUCCAUCAUUUCAGACAGUUAAUGUGGACAAUGGUAUGAGUGUUGGGACACAGACAGAACAAACUGAACACAAGAAAGAUUACACUAAUCAUAAUAAAUAUGGAGAGAGGCCACCGUUCAAACACUCAGAUGAAGACUCUGAAAUUAUUAGUGAUGAUAUUAGUGACAUCUUCCGCUUUUUGGAUGACAUGAGUGUGUGUGAUUCUGUUGGAGUUGUGCAGUCAUCAUGCUACAACAGCAAUGGCUCGCUUUUUCAGGUGGCAAAAUCAGAUGGUGACAGCUCACCUGAACAUGACACGAUCAAGCUGGGCAAAACUGGCAUCAAGCUCGACCGACUCUUCCAGUCACUGGAAAGCUCAGAUGAUGAACUCAAACAGAGUGUAUGUAAGCUGGUACUUAGGAUUGGUGAGAUUGAGAAAAAGCUUGAGUCUCUUUCAGGGGUGAGAGGUGAGAUUUCACAGGUCCUCUCAAAGCUUACUAAACUGGAUGAGAAGAUUCAAGAACCAGAGACUAAUGGGAAAAUGAGCGAUAAUGGCAUUGUGGAACAGAAUAAGACUGACAUGAACCUCUCGACUCAUGUAUUCCAGUGUAACACCACAGGACACAACAUGAAGGUCGAAAAAAAUUCAGAAUGGUGCUGCUCAGAGGUUGAAGGAAGUGAAAGCCUGAGGGUGAAAGCAUUAAAGAAAAACAUGUCCACACGUAGGUCAUCCAGGUCGCUAACCGAAGAGAACAGCGCCACGGAGUCCAAAGUGGCCAGCAUCACAAACUCACCUCGAGACUGGAGGACUGUUUCUUACUCCAGCCAUAAAGGGGAAGAAGGAAAAGAAAGGGAGCGACAUAACGAAGGCAAGGAUAGACACAGGAAACCCAGAGAGACAGAUCGACAGUAUGAUGCCCACCAGGCCCACCGUUCCUCAAAGCUGCCCAAGGACUCCUACCUGGUGGAGCAGGUGUUCAGUCCACAUCACUUCCCUCCUGCAGUCAAAUCUCAUGUGAAGGGCAGCCCUCUCUAUACAGAUUUGCGCCUGACCAGCCUUGCUGAUGGUAAGCGUUCCCAGCCCUCCUGGACCAUAGAAGAGUACAAACGCAACUCAGGAGACAAGAGCAAGCUCAGCCCUUUGGACUUGCAGGUCCAGGAGUCACUCAACCCCAACAAUCUGGAGUACUGGAUGGAGGACAUUUAUACACCUGGCUAUGAUUCACUGCUCAAGCGUAAGGAGGCAGAGUUUCGCAGGGCCAAGGCAUGUAAAAUUGGCGCGCUGAUUGUGGCGGCUGCCUGCACUGUGAUACUGGUCAUUGUAGUGCCCAUUUGCACCAUGAAGUCUUGAGUUUUCUAUUUUCCUGUUGGAUGGUGUUCAAAUCAGUGUAUUGCUUACUGGCAUAAUAGACACCGGGUUAACCCAAAUUUGGGACUAUAGGGAAGGAUUCUCCUUUCAGUCUGUGAUUAGGUCUAAUUUCAGCCACUGGCCUUAGACUUUCUGGGAAUGUCAAUCGAAAUAUAUUAGGAUUGCAAUUUGACAUUUUAUUUUUUAUUUUCAGAAGUCCGUAUUUAUAACUUGAAUAAAUAAUUUGUUAUUAUGUUGUAAGAGAUGCACCCUUGUUUUAUAGUCCAAAUAUAUAUGUAAUAAUAUGUUUUAUGUCUGGUUUUCUGGUAUUACAAUUGAAAAAAGGAAAGCUUUAUGUUUAUGCAUAUUAUAGUUUUUUACUUUACUAUGAUUAUGAGAAUUUUAAUGAGAGUUAUUUUUUGAUGAUUACGCAAACAGAAUGUUACAAAGAGGAGUGGGAUUUUUCUUUGGGGAUCUCUAGAAUGUUUGGGCUUGUGCAAUGCCUUUUUCUAAGGAAAAUAUACUCAGAUAGGGAAAAAUAUAAUUAAUUGAUUUGUGUAUUCAAUUCAGAAACCACAUCUGAACUUAUAAGAAUAAUACAUCUUAAAAUGUAAUUCUAUCAUUAUUUACUCAACCUUGUGUCUUUCAAAACCUGUUAUUUACUUCCGCGGAACACAUAAGACCAUUGAAAAUAAAAAUGCCAUUUGUUCUCACUCCUGCCGUAUCCUAACAUGAAGCGAGUUGGAUAUGCGGAAUGGAGAAUUCGAUUUUUUUAUAUUUUAAUGAAAUGUAUGUAUGAAAUUUAGAGAGAUUAGAAAUGUCUGUUAUUCACACAACAACAUUGUAUGGAUUUAGAAGACCUGGAAAAUAGGGCACUGGUCAUUUGGGCUCAUUUUUAAGAGUUAUUUUAUGUUGUGUUUAGGUCCUUUAUGGAUCUUGACAGGCAUGGUCAAUGUGAGUUUUUAUUGUUGCAUGAAGAUUCUUCAAAAUUAAAAAUUUGUGAAAUAUUUAUGAAUAAGAGCAUAUAGGUUUGCAUUGACUUGAGAGUAAGUAAAUAAUGGCAGAAUUGGACGAACCACUCCUGAAAGUGAAUGUGUGAGGGUUUUAAUGUUUAAAAUGACUCAUGAUAUGUAUUCAUAAUAUUUAAAUAGUGAGACUUGACAUUAUUUCCUUUUGAUUGUACAUGAUUUUGAAUACAGUAAUUCAAAAACAACAAUAUCAUAGCACAUAGCUGCUUACUUUUUGAUUGUGAUUAUCCUUUGCCUUGUUAUUUCAUAACUAAUCAUUCUAUACUUGAAUUGCCAUAUCACUUUAAAAUUAGCUCAGUUUUUCUGAAAGUGGAAUGUUUUCUUGAACUUGUUUACUGGUGUUUUGAGUUUCGAAUAUUGGAUCUGACAAACACAUCUGUGAACUUUCCUUAAUAAUGUUCACUUCAACAUGUUUGCUUCACACCCAUAAUAGGAAUGAUGUAUCAGAGAAUUCAAGCUGCAAGAUCACUGAGUGAUACUCCAGCUGUUUCAAAACCAUAUGAGCUGCCUUGUCUACUGCCUAUGUAGGCAACAUCCUAACUGAAAUGAAACCUCAUAAUUGUGAUGUUUUGGAACCCUCUGCAUAGGCAGAUAAUACACCGAUCAGCCACAAAAUUAAAACCACAUUAAAACCACCUGCCAAAUAUUGUGUAGGUCCCCCUCGUGUCACCAAAACAGCGCCUACCCACAUGUUGAUGAGAGAGGUCAAUGGAGAAUGGCCAGACUGGUUCAAACUGACAAAGUCUACAGUAACUCUGAUAACCGCUCUGUAAAAUUUUUAUGAGAAGAAUGUCAUGCGGGUUGUUGCUGUUUUGCAAAAUAAUAAAUUCAUCAAUUCCAAUUAGACAAUAAUAAAUCAAAUUGUAAUUACCUGAUAGAAACUACACACAGUAAACUUUGUGGGAUCGUCUGACUACAGAGAACCAUGAACAAUGUGUCACAUUUCCUUAAAUACCCAAACCAUGAACAAAGGGAAUUUUGGGAGGGGUUAGGUUUGGAAGUCCUGGGGACAUAACUCAUUAACAUACAGACAGGGAUGGGGGCAGACCUCCAGAAUUAUACAGCAUUUGGCAAAGCCCUUAUAUCUUUGUUACCAUUAGUUUUAUAUACAUGGGAAAGAGACCAUUAUACCAGUCGCACUGAUACAUUUAUAGCCUAGUCAUAUUAUAUGUAUACAUCAGAUAUGAUAUUUUAUUACAUGCAGAUCAGGUGAGUUUGAGGUGUCAUGAGCUGAAGGGAAACCGGAUGGGUAGAGGGGGGCAGAGAUUUGCAUUUUAUGGUCCUUGCUCAGCAGGAUGUGUUGACUCAGGUGGAGAUGCUCAUCAGUGUAAGAGUUUUUAUGACUUGGUUCUCGCAGAGUUCUUUGACUUUUAUGACACCUUAAUCCAGCCUUACAGGCAUGAGGGGGACCUUCACAAUAUUAGACAGGUGGUUUUAAUUUUGUGGAUUAAUGAAUGAGUCCAUUGCAAGACAUUUUUAUUUGCAGGGGGCAUUAUGGGAUAGUAAAAUGUCCAGUGGAUGCACACUUCAGAAUUUUGUCAGAAAGAGUAAGGUCUUCUGUGUAUUUCUAGCAUGCUGUUUUAUGAAUAUACAGGUUUUAGACACAACUACAUUGGCAUGUUUUUGGCAUAUUAUAUUAGGGAAGUAUGCAUAUUUGGAUGCAGGUUGAGCUUGUCACGUUGUAAUUUAUUAUGGGAUUGCAUUCUCUCUGAUUGCAUUCUCUAUGCUGAAUUUGGCCAAUAGAAGUCCCUAAGAAGGCAUCGUAAUUAUGCCUUUGCGUCAUAAGUGUGCAUAUGAUGCGUUAAAAUACUGCCUACAUAGGCAGCUCACUAGAUUUUGGAACAGAUCCUGAGUCUAGGAAAAACUAAACAGAAGUGAUAUCUAGUGAUAACCAUUCGAUAUUUACAAGUUUUUCUGUUAUCAUUAAUCUGUCAGUGUCAAAGGGAUAAUGGCUAUCCAAUCAUUUUUGAGGUUACAGCACAUAACAUGAAAACACAAUGACAGCUGCUUAUGACAUAAUGGUAUAUUUCUUGUACCCUGACCAAUACAAAUGGCUUGUCUGUUCAGUCUGUGUGUCAUGGCAUGGUUGAUGCUGUGGAAUUUAAAAGUGAAGAAUGUAAUUUUCUAAAUGUUAAAAUGCUUUAUCCUAUCCCUGUUUAAUAUGCAGUGUCAACUUCAGGCCACACAUACAUUGACUUCCUGAUGAGUGUAAAUGCUGUGCUACUUUUGAAAACACUGCUCAGUUUCAGCGGUCCAAACUGUCUUCUGGCUUGACCGAAAACUUUUUGGCCAGCCAAAGGCUGAUUAAGGUUAUGGAAAGUAGUUUGGAAGCAGUUCUUCUGCAAUUCUGUUUGUUGCCACAAGUGGCAUAGAAAUUUGACCUUGAGAAGAAACUGGAUUUGCACAUCGAAGUGGUAUUAAUAGAAGGUUUAUUUAGGGCACAUGUAAGAAUUUACAGAUACUACUUUCAAUAAGAUGUUUGUUUCUUAUAUAGUUGAUGAGAAUUCCACAACAAUGUUUCAAAAUAUACCUAUACAUUCAUAUGACAAUUUCCACUGUAGUUUUGCAAUGUUAUACUCAGAGACUUAAUUGACAUGAUCAGUAAUUAGGGCAUUUGAAUGUGACCUUUUCUUUGAUUGGCUGAAUGUCCAGUGACCUCGCCUUUUGGCACAGGAACUGUGUGUUGUAGCACGUUGUAGAGCCCUGUAAAUAAUUUCAGGUUCAAACCACAAUCGUGUGAAUAAAGUGUUACAGGAGUCAUAUUCCAAUAAAUUCAUA